GCAGUUACGAUUUCGUGAGUACAAGCCUAGAAGAGACCCAAAGGGUUGUGACAACAUCAAUUUAGUUUUCAAAUGCAAAGUGAUGGUUCGGAUGGAAGUGAUAUCGCGCUUGGCGCUCACCCAAGUCCAACUGGUCCAGCUCACCUCGAGAAACAAGAGAACAAGCAGAAUACAGCUCAGGCUCAGCAGGAGGGAGGAGGAGCCCAGAGUUCAUUGGGAGCGUCUGCGGGCAACGGUGAUCCGACGAUGCUUACCGUUGUGAUCUCCAGUGAGGAAUCGCAUGCUCAGGUCCCGGUGUUUCCGGAGCUCAAGACCCAUGGCUUGAAGACCACGGGCACCGACAUGGAUGAAAUAACUGAUGUGGCCACUUCUAGGAAAGGUUGCUUGACAAGAUGCGAAAGUUCUCACGAACAAUGCAGAGUCUGUCAGCAACAAACAGAUGAGGCUUUGAUAAAUCUUGGAUGUCGAUGUCGAGGUGGGCUUGCAAAUGCACACCUGUCCUGCAUAGAAAUUUGGUUUCGCACUAAAGGUUCAAAUAAAUGCGAGAUAUGCCAGCAGGUAGCUGUGAAUGUGCCACCUCCGGAGUCCCAGGCAAGUACAAAUUAUUGGGUUUGGAGGGUUGACCCAGCCUAUAGGGGGUCUAGUGUUGCACAAGGACGUGAAAGGGGUUGCUUCAAUCCAUUAUGGGUGGCUUUCUCAAUACUUAUUGGCGGUCUCCUAUUAGAUGUGUUGAUAUCCAUUUCCCUUGGUGUCUCUGCACUGCCUGUGAAUAUUAUUAUUGGUGUUCUCAUCGUACUAGGACUUGGAACCGCGCUUCGGCUUGCACUGGAGUGCUGCCAUGAGUGGAGUUUGAGAAGACUUGUGCAAAGGGUGGAAACAAAUGUUGACGUCGGCUACCAUCAUGCAGUUGCUGUGUAACCAAAUUUGUAAAUAAAAAAAUGGGAAAAAGUUUUCCCAUACAGUCAAGUGUAUUGUAU